AUGGUUCUGCUUAACAGAAGGAAAAUACAACCUAAGGAAAUAGGACAGUCUGCUGAUUCCUUCUCUGAAACUCCAUGGGUGAUUAAAGAAAGUAGCGAGCGUAUAAAUGAUUAUGACAGUGAUUUAAAAAAGCUAGAUUUUUACAAAAGGGAUAUAUUCACCUGUGAGAUUAGUGGAAAAGAUGGCCUUUCGUAUUUCAAGGCGUUAAAAAGCGAAGAACAGCACCGUGAAAAGGUCAGAUAUCUUUUACCAAAAGAACUAAGGAAGGCUAUAGCAAAUUUCGCAAACUUCAGUCCGAUAAGGAAGGUAGGACACCUUGUAGAAAGCGCAUUUCAGCGUUUUAGUAACCGUUUCUUUAUAGGCGAUACGGUGUGCUUGAAAACUAUCCAAAAAAAUGCAUUGAUUACCUAUAAAGAAGGAGAGCCUAACUUGGUAGAAUCACCAACUAUUGAAAACAAUGUCACGUUGUUCCUUGUCAAGGAUGUGUUUCAAUCUAACGGGAUGAUGGAAAGUGAAAAGGGAGAAAUUUCUGCCCCAAAAUUGUCACUGUAUUUAAUCACAGAAUGCCUGAAUCGAGAAUCUAAAGGUGCGGCCCUAAUUGUAGGCCAGAAUGAAAUUAAAAGGCCAGAAUCACACUUUUCUAAAUUCAUAAUUGCGUGUUUUCUUAAUGAAAUACUCAUAAAAGUAUCGAAUAAGGAGCACGCACCAUGGAGGGUGAAACAAGAAUAUAUAGAAAGAUAUGAUGUAAACCCUAAAUGCUCUCCUAAUAUGAUUGAUUAUUUGCCGGAUAGAAUGAACUCAUCUUCUUCCGAGCUUUACACUCCUCUUACUAUACCACCAGAGAGCGAUGUUGAACCUGCUGACUGGAAGGAAACGUCGGAAACGUCGGAAACGUCGGAAACGUCACUAUCUAAAAUAAAAGCAAUUGACGACGAGAUUUCAGUCUCAUUUGACCACAUUUACGAUAAUGUGAACUCCCUUGCCUACAAUGAUUUGAAGGGAACCGUCGACGACAAGGAGCUUCCAUUCACUGGGCCUUCGAUACCAUUUGAAAAUAUCAGCUACUUAGAUAGCUCCUUAGAAUAUAAGAAUAUCGAUCAAAAAUGGUUCAAAGAGUGCAGUCAAUUUCCAACGGAACGACUAUUGGUUGUUUAUCAAUUCCUGAGCUUUUUUGGACGUUUUAUUGGUCUAUCACAUUUUAAUUUUGAUCAGUUCCUUACUACUAUCAAGUGUACUAGUCCGGAGGCUUUAGUAGAUGAAUAUGUCAAAAUAAACUUUCUUAAAACUUACAACAGCAAAGGGAGUUUCACAAAUGAGAAGCCAAGAAACGAAAUAUAUAAUCAAGUGACCAGUAGUAACGUAUCCCAGCGUGAGAAGGCUAACGUCUUUAAUGCAGAUGAGAGUCAACGAAUACCUAGCAAUUUCACCAGAAACCAGAAAAUGAGGAAAUUUAUAACGGAUAAAAGUACUGAAUUUGUAAUGUAUUCCAUUUUUAAAGGGAAGCCUCUAAAAAAUGACGAUAUGGAGUUUCAAUCGUACGAAAAAGUGAAUAUACUUUACAUUGAUAUAGUUUGCUCGUUAAUGUGUCUGAUGACGGAUAAUGAACCUGAUUGGAAUUGUAAUCUGAUGGACAAUUGGACUGAAGAAAAGCGAAAGGAGGAAGGAAAUAAAACAGAAAUUGAUAUAGCUAUAGAAAAGUGUUUGAACUAUGGAGAUACUAGCUGGGUUAAACUUUUGCACAAUAAAAACUUUAGCAACGGCAAUUGGUUGAUCUGUCUCCUUGGAAUCUUGCAACAGAAUACACAUAUGAUAGCAUAUAGUGAUGUCGCAAAAUGUAUCACAAAAAAAAUACUACCUUUAUCCAUGAAUUUUGUAAAUUUAGGUGAUGAGCUCUGGGAUAACUUUCGCAAGAGAUUAUCUAUAAAAGAUAAAAUUGAUGUUUUAUGGGUUCUCGUAGAUUUUGCGUCCAAUUUCUCGAGUUAUAUUAAGGAGUUGGUAGAUAAAGUACCAAAACUGUGCAAUGGAAUCCGCUUAAAGUUGGAUAGUGCAAAAAAAGAGUAUAUCAAAUUGAAACGGCAACUAAAAACGUUAACCAAAAAUCGCGUGAAGCUUCACAGCAACGUUUCAAUGAACCGAUAUGGAUCAGAUGAAUGUAAAGGUAAGGUCAAUGCCCUUAAAGUGAAAAUUGCAUACUUAAUGGAAGAUAUCGCCUUCCUAGAGGCAAAAUUGAUUCAGAGCGAUAUCAAGAGACUAGAGAUUUUGGGUAAAGAUAGAAAUGGAAAUCGAUAUUAUUGGAUGGACUCAAAUGGAUCGUCAUCAGCCAUCAGUGAAAAAAAUGAGGAACUUUACAACUGCUGUUUUUUGUGGGUUCAAGGACCCUCUGAAGCGGAUAUAAACUUUUGCUUAGAUGUCGACGUCGAAUCUUUGAAAAAAUGGGAGUUGUUAGCUAAAGCAAAAGGUACUGCCUACGCGACAAAAGAAGUCUUUUCAAUAUUUAGGUCGACAGACGGGUCUUACUAUCAAAUUGCUCAAGGUGAGAAUUUCAUGAUAAUUAAUUCAAACGGUAUCUUAAUGAGGCCAACUAUUCCGGCAUUCAUAGACAAAAAAAUUAUAUCAGAAACUCCAGAAAAGCUCCUACUCUCUCAUCAUCAAUGGGCUUUCUUCAACGAUAUAGAAGAUAUACAUAUGUUAGUAGAUAGGUUGGAUGAUUUAAGAGAAAAUGAGGGACAAUUGAAGAAAGCUUUGACAUCCAAAAUGGACCGUAUUGAAGUAUCAUACAAGCAACAGUUCAAAAUUAAAAGGCGUAUUGAAUGUGAUGAAACCUUCAAAAAAAAUCACAAACUUUUGAAAAAUAACGAGUUCACGUUUCCUGAACUGAAAAGAAUUGAGACAACUUGUACAUCCAACGGCCAACAUUUUUCCAACAUGGAGAAAAUUUCCAAAAAACUAUCAAGGACAAAGAAUGAUCUCGUUUUGGAAGCGAUUUUAAAAGACGUAGCUCACCUUGGAGAAUGUGAAAGAGCACUUCUCAAAAAGCAACAAAAUUUGAUUUAUCCUUUGAAUUUUCAUUUCGAACAAUUGAGGACGAUAGACCUCGAAUUUAUAGUUGAAACGAAAAGAAAAAGGCAAGAGGAUAUUCUUACGAAGCUUUUAAAUCAUCAGAGGUAUAAGCAUAUUAGUCAUGUUUCAGGCUAUGGGAUAAGUUCUCAACGAGUAGAUAAAGCUGCACAUCUUGAUGUGCAGGGUAUAUUAGAGGAGAUUGAAUGUCAACUUAUUUCAAGACGACGAGAGGAUGAAGAACGCAACUAG